AUGUGCGUUCCGCUGCUGCUCCAAUUGCACGCGCGCGGUCGGACCGCGCGCGGCACGCGCGGUCUCCGCAGCACUGCCCAGUGGCCACGAAAUGACCGGUUCCAGCAGCUCCUUGAUGAGCUGAACGUGCACGCAGAGGUGGGUGACGUCGCUCAAGCAGAGGAGUGUUUCCAAGAACUGCAGCGGCUUCCCGGCUCGCGCGGUCCGAAGCGACGGAUGCUCCACAACACCAUGCUCAAGGCUUGUGCCAAUGCGGGCGCCUUCCGCCGGGCGUUGGUUUUCUUCAGCCGGAUGCAACUCCAAGGGGUCAGAGCCAGUCCUCGAACCUUAAAUAAGCUCCUCAUUUGCGCGGCACGGAGCAACGAGCUCUCCUGGCAACAGCGGCUGCUAAAGGAAGCUGCCUCAGAGUUGGGGCUCCAAGCGGAUCAGAUCAGCCUGGCGGCGGUCCUGGACCUCUUGGCACGGCAGGGGCAAGCGACCGAGGCAGCAGAGCUGGUGGAGGCAUCCAAUGUGGUGCCGGACCAAAAGACCUUGGGCACCAUGGUCAAGGCCUUCGCCAAGGCUGACAAGCCCCAGGAGGCGGUGGCCUGGCUGGAGCGCAUGAAGGAGCCAGAUCUGGAGCACUUCCAGACCGUGGCGCAUGGCUUCGCACGCCAGGGCCAGGUGCCAGAGGUGGAGCUUUGGUUGUCCCGCGCCACGCAUGCCUCGCAUCCACCGGACCUGGUGGGCUAUGGAUGUUUGGUGGAUGCUUGUGCGAAAGCCUCGCAAGUGCAGCCAGCCAUUGAUGCCCUCUCACGUGCCCGUGCAGCGCAGCUGCAGCCCAACUCCACCAUGUACAACUCGGCGUUGGAUGCCUGUGCCAAACAGGGAAAUGUGUUGAAGGCAGAGGAGCUCUUCAAGACGAUCAAGGCACAGCACCUGGUCACUUUGGAAGGGAUCACCUCGAUGGUUCGAGCCACGAGGAGCAGGGCCUGGCAGGAGUCCGAAGCCUGGCUAGCAAGUGCUAGAGAGGCCCAACUGGAACCUGACACCCAGCUGAUCAAUGUCAUCAUCAGUGCCUGUGCUAAGGCUUCCAGUGCUGAACGUUGUAUUUUCUGGCUGGACGAGAUGCAGCGUCGCAGCUUGGCGCCGAAUGCCGUGACCUUCUCCAGUGCCUUGGGCGCUUGCCCCACUGGCGAGUUUGGAUCGAACAGAACUCGGCUGACACAGGGAGUUAUUGGCAGCGUUUUGGAGUAG